AUGGGCAUCUCUAAUUAUCUUAACUCUGUUAACACCUUCAUGAAGAAUCCUACACAUUCGACAUUUAGUAAGGUAAAUCAUAAUCAUCAUCAUAUCUCUAAUGGUUUGAUGAUGUUAUCAAUGAGGAAAGAUAACAACAUGGUAGCUCAAUGUCAAAGUAGAAGCAAUGUUGGGAAUCCAAAUGUUAGUCUUCCAAUCUCAACAAAGAGGCCAUUGGCGACGGCGGCGGCGAUAACGAAGGAUAACAUAACCUCAUCAAAGGAACAAAAUGAGGUCGAUCUGCUGGAUUUAGUGGCAUGUGAUAAAGAAAAUGGAAGCACUAAUAUGGUAGGCUUUGAAAGAGGCAUUGGAAUUGCAAAGUUCUUGAGGGGGAAGAGUUUAUUUAUCACUGGCGCAACAGGCUUCCUUGCAAAAGUUCUUAUUGAGAAGAUAUUGAGGACGACACCGGAUAUCAAUAAGAUUUAUGUCCUUAUCAAGGCUAAGAGCAAGGAAGCUGCACUUGAUAGGGUGAAGACUGAAAUUCUAAAUACAGAACUCUUUAGGCCAUUGCAACAAAUCCAUGGAAACAAGUACCAGACUUUUAUGAUGAAGAAGUUGGUUCCAGUUAUGGGGAAUGUGAGAGAAGCUAAUAUGGGGAUUGAGGCAUCACUUGCUGAGGAGAUUUCAAAAGAGGUUGAUGUUAUAGUGAACUCUGCUGCAAACACGACUUUUGAUGAGAGAUAUGAUGUUGCACUUGACAUAAACACCAUGGGAGCUUUUAGGCUCUUGAGCUUUGCAAAGAGAUUCAAAAGACUAAAGCUUUUCUUACAUGUAUCAACAGCUUAUGUGAAUGGAAAAAGACAAGGAAGGGUAUUGGAAAAGCCUUUUUGCAUUGGAGAUAGCAUAGCAAAGGAGAUUACCUCUCAAGAACUUUCAGCAGAAUCCAUGCCUUCGCUGGACAUCGAAGCCGAGAUUAGGCUAGCUUUCAGUUCUAGGAAGGCAAAGAUUUAUGGAUGGCAAGACACCUAUGUCUUCACAAAGGCGAUGGCAGAGAUGGUGAUCAAUAGCAUGAGAGGAGAUAUACCAGUUAUCACAAUUAGGCCAAGUGUUAUUGAGAGCACCUGGAAAGAACCAUUUCCUGGUUGGAUGGAAGGAAAUAGAAUGAUGGAUCCUAUUGUGUUAUACUAUGGUAAAGGCCAGCUUACUGGUUUUUUAGCAGAUCCAAAGGGAGUCCUUGAUGUGGUACCUGCUGAUAUGGUAGUGAAUGCUAUAUUGGCAGCCAUGGCAAAGCAUGGGUGGACAAAGGAGCCAGGAAUUCACACAUACCAUAUUGCCUCCUCCAUAGUGAAUCCUCUGGUUUUCCAAGAAUUGGCAAGUCUCCUUUAUCAACAUUUUAACUCUUUUCCUUGCCUAGAUUCGAAGGGUAGGCCAAUUGAAGUUUCUCAAAUGAAGCUCUUUGAAGACAUAAGCAAAUUCUCUAUUUAUGUUAAUAGCAAUGCAAUGCAAAAAAUGUCCUCACAUGAGAAAGUGCCCCAAAAUCUCAAGAACAUUUGUAUGAAGUUGGUUGAUCAAGCCAAAUACUUAGCUAGCAUUUAUGAACCAUACACUUUCUAUGGUGGAAGGUUUGAUAACACGAACACGCAAAAGCUGAUGGUUGAGAUGUCUGAGGAUGAGAGGAGGGAGUUUUGUUUUGAUGUUGGAGAAAUAGAUUGGCAAGACUAUAUUUCUAAUGUUCAUAUACCUGGACUGAGAAGAUAUGUUAUGAAGGGAAGAGGGAUGAAAUAA